UGGAUACCCUAUUAAUAUCAAUUUCUAGCUUUAUGAUUUCGCUCGUGUGGUGUGGAGUCGUUUUGGCUCUGUCUGUUCGAAUUGUUCUGAUAGAGUGGAAUGCUCACGAGUGGUUGGGUAAUAGAAUCGAGGUGUCCAGCCCUCUGACAAACUGGAACAGAAUUACAGAGGCUUUGGUGUUGCUGAGCAAUGGUGUGUCGGCCUAUGACGGAGAUGUGGUGCACGAGACUCCUCUGGUUAUACUUUUCUUUCAAGCGGCUUUGCGCUACCUUCCAUUCUCUGUAGGAUACUUGUUUUUGAUGUUGGAUGUGUGUGCUGCUUGGGGACUAGGGGAGAUAACUGUUGUUCAUCAGAGACUGGUUCUUGACAGACAGAGGCGGGAGAAGUCAAAGUAUUCUGAUGGAGUUGCACAGGUGCUGAUUGUUGAGGAUGUCGAGUUGCCGGCUCUGAUGGUGUUCUUGUAUUUGAUCAAUCCGUUUAGUGUCGCCACGUGUGUCGGUCGAUCGACGACCCUCCUGUCGACGUUGUCAAUAAUCUUGUCUUUGCUUUGUGCCCUGAAAGGUCGGCUGUUCUUAUCCACUCUCUUUACUGCGUUAUCCGGGUACCUGUCGUUCUACCCUGUGAUGCUCAUUCUUCCCAUCACCAUGAUCAACUGCGAAGUCAAAAACCACUCGGGCAGGUCUCGAAUUCAAGUUACCAUAGCAACAAUCUUGUCGUUUCUUUUGUGGAGUGUCGCACUCUUUUGGCUUUCUUACUCUGCUGUUGGAUCGUGGCAAUUUCUAUACUCUGUUUAUGGCUUUAUACUCUCUGUUCCUGAUCAUAUGCCUAAUCUUGGUCUAUUCUGGUACUUCUUCAUGCUCGUGUUCGAUCACUUCAGAGAAUUCUUUCUCUGGAUAUUUCAGAUCAACGUCUUCGUAUAUGCCAUUCCUCUCGCCCUUCGACUAAGAGAUCACCCGACGUUCCUCUUUUAUGUUCUUUGUUUUCUUGUGUCGAUUUUCAAGUCUUUUCCGACUGUUGGUGAUGUUGCUCUGCCGUUGUCAUUACUUCCUCUCUGGUCACAUCUUUUCAAAUAUAUGCGUUAUACGUUUGUCGCCAGCUGUAUGUUACUUGCAGCAACUAUCAUUGGUCCGAUAUUCUGGUACAUGUGGGUUGUUGCCGGACACGCCAACGCCAAUUUCUUUUUCGCUGCUACUGUACUACAUUCUCUAGGCCAGAUUCUGCUGCUCAAUGACAGCGUCGGUUCUCUGCUUAGACGAGACUAUGAUCUCCUGCAUGGAAUUUCUCCGCCACAGGUACAAGGCAAACCAGGAAUCAUUCGGCUCAGGUGAUACAUUAACGGCAGUAUUAUAUUUGACUUGAUAUUUACAGCGUGUAUACAUCAUACACCAAAUUUAUAGUUUGUGUAGAAUAUAUCGCUUCUGUCAACAUG